AAGACAACCUCAGUCUGGCCGCGCCGCGCUUGGGGUUCGGAUAUAUUAGCAGUCAUGUAAAACCCUUCCUUACUCCAAUCGAAUUAUCGGGUUUGUGAUAAUUGUCCAAGACGGCAGCAAAAUCUAUGUUAAGGUAGUGCGGUAUAACUGUAGGCUAAGUCAAGCAUAUGAUGUGCGUAGUGAUCCAAGGCAAUUAGCAUGUUGUGAUUGUGAUGGUGGCGAGACAAGCAGCAGCAGCAGCAGCAGCAGGAGGAGGGCCCAGGGCAGCAGCAGCAGCAGCAGUGGUAGUGGUGGUGUUUGUAAGGUCGGGAGUGGCGAGGAGGCCAUGACCACACCAUGGCUCGUCCCUGCAUCACCAUCCUCGCAGGUUGUCUUGUCCUUACCGGCGCGCUGGCGGAGGUGGAGGUCGAUGGGAAGGCUGCGACCGAGGGAGUGUCCUUCUGCUCGUACAGUAAGCAUGAAGUGAGUGUGGAUGGCACGGGGGAGGAGGUUGCCGUGGAGCUGGUGUCGCCCAGCGUGGAGAAAUGCAACCCUGGGAACGCCUGCUUCGCCUUCUUCACCUACAAACCAAAUGACACCUACCAGAUCCUCUUGGAAGGGUGUUGGGGGACGCUGAAGAACUGUCCAUCAGAAACAUGUGUGGGAGAACCAAAGGGCAACAACAGUUACUUCUGCUGCUGCAAGGAGGACAUGUGCAAUUUAGGGCUGGAAGUGCUGCCAACCCUCCCUCCUCCAGACACAGAGGUUGAGAAUGAAGAGGCAGUGAAUAAGUCUUACCUAUGGCUGUGGGCAUUACUUAUAGUGGCCUUUGUGUUAUUGGGAACGUGUAUUGUGGUGGGGACUCGGCAUUGGAGAAAAUCCAGCCCCCCUCCUCUGGUCCUGCCGCCCGAGGAACAUCCAGCAUCACCCUGUAUUGAUCUGGAUUCUGUCAAGAUUCUGGAGACUAUAGGUCAAGGUCGGUUUGGCACAGCGUACCGAGCCAUUGUAGAUGAGGAGGAGGUGGCUGUGAAAAUGUUCCCGCAGCACCAUAAGUCUUCAUAUGUUAAUGAGAAAUAUAUAUAUUCUCUUCCUCUCAUGGAACAUUCCAAUCUUCUGUCUUAUCUUGGAAGCGGUGAGCGUGUAGGACAAGAUGGCAAUAUUUAUUAUGGGCUGGUGCUCUCUUACUGCCCUAAAGGUCGCCUCAGCACCUAUCUCUCUGAAAACACCCUCACCUGGUCCACCUUCUGCAGUAUUGCGUUGAGUGCCACACGGGGCCUUGCACACCUCCACUCAGAGAUCAGAAAGGGAGGUAAGGACAUCAUCAAGCCGUGCAUCUGCCACAGGGAUUUCAACACUCGCAAUCUGCUGCUCACGGAGAACAUGUCAUGCGUUGUGUCCGACUUGGGCUUUGCUAUUCACACUCAAGGCUCCAAGUAUUACAUCAAUGGAGAGGAGCAGCACGCCGAGACGUCAUCGCUUACUGAUGUUGGAACAUUAAGAUACAUGGCUCCUGAAGUGCUUGAAGGAGCAGUGAACCUGAGGGACUGUGAAGCAGCCUUGAAGCAGAUAGACAUCUACGCACUGGGCCUGGUGUUGUGGGAGUGUGCUGCCCGAUGUCAUGACCUCUAUCAAGGCCUUCAGACUCCACCAUACAUGCUCCCCUUCCAGGCAGAAAUUGGUCUCCACCCGACCUUUGAGCAAGUUCAGGUCCUGGUGGUGCGGAACAAAGCCCGGCCCUUGUUCCCCUCGGUGUGGAAAGACACCAACCCGGCAAUACGCUUACUGAAGGAAACUAUAGAUGACUGCUGGGAUUAUGACGCCGAGGCGAGGCUCUCCGCCAUGUGUGUGGAGGGACGACUGUCGGAGCUGCCCGCACUCUGGGACAGAUAUAAAUCAAGCCUGGGCAUCAGCGGUGUGAGUCCCACCAUGAAUCCCUUGAUGAACCUCCCAAUGAGUCAGCGGUCCGGGGAGAUGAUCAACGGCGGCAAGAUCAUCAGCAACGCCAUCACGCCACGGGAGAAGGAGUCCAGCGUGUCUGAGGCCACCGUGGAGACCACCAUCACUGGCUCUCCCUCAGAGCCUCCUGUGGAUGUCUUCUUGGGUAAGAAAGCAAAGAACCAGCUGAUCGGCACGCUUCAGCCCCCCAUCCCCUCCAUUCAGCCCCACCAGGGCCGCAAUCCCUGCAUAGAGCGCAACUUGAUCCGAGAAAUCCCACAAGAAAUCAGUGUCUCAGGCAAUAUUCUUAUAGAUCCCUUGAAGUCCAAUGAUAUCAAUUCUAUAAAUACUAUAAAUGCUGCCAAUCUGAUAGAUGUACAGCAUGCUAUAGAGUCCCAUGGACUUACCAAUGAGCAACUGAUGCCCUUGUUGAAUGGACACUCUAACACUGCCAAUGUGGUGUCGCAGCCUCGUCCAACACUGCCUCCCCCGACCCUGGUCCCACCCAUACCAUAUUUACAAAAUGAGGUCCACUCAAUUGACAAUCAACCCAAGCGACAGAACACAGCCCUGCAGGAGGAGAACCACGACAACCGCAAGGCUUCUAAGGGCAGCUCCUGGCGGCGGUGGCGGAGUGCCUGGGAGGACCGGCUCAAGUCCCUCAUUCCUCGGCGGCGCCACCACAACGGGGAGGAUGAAGAGCGCCAGGAGAUCCUCAUCACCCCCACCAGCAGCAGCCUGUCUGAGCCGCCAACACCCCUGCCAGCAACACAAUCAGUAGCAGUAACAUCCCACCUUCCCCUACAAACUGAGGUGCUUCUAACGAACGGAGGCCCCCACACUGUGAUCUCCCCAAAUCAUGCACUUAACUCCCAACACUCUUCAUUUCCCAAUUAUACCACAGAGACUGAGAUUGGUAUUGCAAAGUUGCACUUCCAGAAUGGAUUUGCUCCCAUCAUUAGGUCAAGACAAGGAUCAAAGGAUAGUGGACUCAACAAAUCCAGUGAGAAUAGUGUAAGUUUUGUUGAUAGUGAUAAUUCCUGUGAGAAAUUAAAGAGACCAACGACGCUUAUUCUCCCAGACAGGUCACACAAAGGUACAGUAAAUAAGGCCGUCGAGGAAGAAACGAAUCCUUCCGUUAAUCCUGACGAUGAUAAUGGCAAGGAAAAUAAAGUGACAGAUUCUGCCCCAGAGGUGGAAGAGUCCCCUCCUCUCAGAAAAGCCAAGCACCGUGUGAAGACUCCCAGAAGGCCCAUGAACCCUCGUCUUUCAUUGUAUGAUGACCGCAUUAUGGGGUGUGACGGAGAGCGGGGCAUGCAGUCUGCCAAGGGCGGCGGCCACCUGGACGUGGGGCUCUCCCACUCCCUCCCUCUCCACAUGAAUGCUCUGGGUGGACAGCAGCAACCUUUCCUCACCACUAGUGUAGCUGUGUCAUCAGCCUCCUCUCAAAACAACAGCACAGCUUCCCUGAGAUGCUCCAAGUUAGCUAGUACAGUCAGCAGCAGCAGCAGUAGCAACAGCAGUGGCAGUAGCAGAGCAAGUAGUCGGGAUGGUAGUCAGGGUUUACUGGGACAGGAGCUGACUUUCUCAUGUACUCAACCAAAUCCUCAAACAAUUGGGGUUCUGUGAAUAUGAUAAAUGGAAUUGUAAUAUUAAGAGUCAUAUGCUCCUGAAGGAGAUCUCAACUUAUAGCCAGGCUUGUAUGAAGCUGGGGCGCUAAGUUUUCUGAUAUACAUACUAUGUCAGAAAUGCAGUGAUAUAUAUAUUCUCACAGGCAUUGUUCCUGUAGAGAGAAUGUGAUUUAAUUAAAUAUUCCAAAUAAAGUGAACAUUGUAUUAUGCUGCCAAUGUAUAAAAUUGAAAAAAAAUA